AUGCCGUUUGGAAUUUCUAGCGCCCCUGGAAUUUUCCAACGGUUUAUGGAGCAACUGAUAGCAGGCAUCCCUGGUUGCGCAGUAUAUCUGGAUGAUGUGAUCGUUACGGGAGAAAAUGAUGAAAAUCAUGUGGCAAACGUUCGCCGAAUUUUUCAACGGCUAGAAGAAAAUGGACUUCGAUGUCGCCCAGAAAAAUGCACCUUCGCUAGUCAGCAAAUUGAAUACGUCGGUCACAUAAUUGAUGCUAACGGCAUUAAACCCUCAACCAAACGCUUAGAGGCGAUCCGAAUGAUGCCUCGGCCUAAAAACGUGCGGCAAGUAGAAGCCUUCAUUGGGAAAAUCAACUAUUAUAAUAAGUUUAUCCCGAAUUUCUCCGCAAAGGCGUCCGCAUUGAAUAUCUUGAGAAGGCAAGGGCAAAAGUUUGAAUGGGGCGAGGCUCAGGACAAUGCUUUUACAGCAUUAAAAGAUGAUAUAAUAACAGCGACACAGCUCGUGCACCACAACGAUAAGCUGCCCAUAAUUCUUGCAACGGACGCGUCAAAAUACGGACUCGUAGCCGUAAUAUCGCAUAGGUAUCCAGAUGGGUCGGAAAACCCAAUUGCUUUCGCAUCCAAAACGUUAAAUAAGAGCCAAAUAAACUACUCGCAAGUAGAAAAGGAAGCACUAUCCAUAGUAUUUGGCGUCACGCGUUUUCACCAGUACUUAUACGGUCGUAGGUUUGAACUAACUAGUGAUCAUCAACCGCUGGUCACCAUAUUUCAUCCCCAUAAAAAGCUACCGGUCGCAACGCUGCACAGGCUCCAAAGGUGGGCAAUAUUUCUCCAAGCUUACGACUACACUAUAAGGUAUAAAAAUACGGCACAACACGCCAACGCAGAUGCGCUCUCUCGACUUCCAAUGGGCGAAGACUUAGAGUUCGAUUAUUGGGAAAAUAAGAUACUUAACGUUUAUGAGGUCAAUGAAACUGCACUUGACACUUUUCCCAUUAGCUCAUCGACGGUCUCAAAGGAGACAGAAAAAGAUGUCCAACUUCAAGUCGUUAAAAGAAUGAUUCAAGAUGGGUGGCCACAUCACUUGCCGGAAUCGCACGGUAAUAUUAAAUCAUAUUGUGAUCGUAGACUCUCGCUUUCUUUACAGAAGGGCGUGGUCUUGUUGCAAACAGAGCAUAAUCGAGUGGUUGUCCCAGCAACGUUGCAGCCAAAAGUCCUAGCUAUGCUUCAUGAGGGCCACUGGGGUCAAACUAGAAUGAAGCAGAUUAGCCGACGCUAUGUAUGGUUUCCUAAGAUCGAUGAAGCAAUUGAGAGGUUGUGUAAGACCUGCGCGAUCUGCGCAACCACUGCCGCUAGCCCAAAGCAGCACUAUUCAUCUUGGCCGCCAGCCGCAAAACCAUGGGAAAUAAUUCACAUAGACUUCGCUGGGCCGUUCUUCGGCAGCAUGUGGCUUAUUAUAGUCGAUUCGUUAUCCAAAUUUCCAUACACCAUCGAAAUGUCUACAACGACUUCAACUGCAACCAUUUCCGCACUGCAAAAAGUAUUUGCCAUCGAAGGACUGCCCGAAACCAUAGUAAGUGACAACGGAACGCAAUUCACAUCGUGGGAAUUUCAAAAAUUCUGUGAACUCAAUGCCAUUACUCAUCUCACUACGGCGCCUUUUCAUCCAGCAUCUAACGGGUUGGCGGAGAGGUUCGUAAGAAUAUUCAAAGAAGCAUUUGGAAAGGAAAUGAAAGGUACAUCAAGUAAAGAAAAGGCCCUAUGUAAAUAUCUAGCUACGUAUCGCUCAACCCCAAAUCCGAUCACAGGGAAAUCCCCUGCAGAGAUACUACAUGGCCGACAGCCUCGUACGCUACUUUCAGCACUUUUUCCAAACCAGCACGUACCUAACCACUCCAAAUCGAAGUUUUGUAUAGGACAAGAAGUCCAAGCCCGAAACUUUUCAGGGAAAAACAAAUGGAUUACAGCUAAAAUAAACCAAGUAUUGAGCCGCAUGAUGUACAACAUAACAACACCAAGGGGCAUAAUUAGAAGACAUCAAAACCAAAUACGGAGAGCGGCAGCACCUCCCACCUGCGAGCCGGUAGACGAUGAGAUAGAGUGGGACGUAGAUCCAACUAAUAUAACCACCCAUAACAACGCACCGCAAACUAGGAACGAUCAUCCAACGACCCUUGCGCAGGACAGCGAUAACAACUCCAACGUACAAACAGGCGUACCCACUGUCCGUCGAUCGGAGAGACCGCGCAAGCAAACAGUGCGUUUCCAGAUACCUAGCCAAUAA